UGCCCCGGCGAGGCCAGGCCCGUCAUGCUGCAGUGCCGGCCGGCCGAGGAGUUCAGCUUCGGGCCCCGGGCCCUGAAGGAUGCGCUGCUGUCCACCGACCCCGCCCUGCGGCAGCUCUACACCGCCGCCUUUUCCCCAGCCGAGAGGCUCUUCCUGGCUGAGGCCUACAACCCCCAGAGGACACUCUUCGGCACGCUGCUCAUCCGCACGGCCUUCGACUGGCUCCUUAGCCGCCCAGAGGCCCCCGAGGACUUCCAGACCUUCCAUGCCGCCCUGCCGCCCCGGAAGCAGAGCCUCGCUCGGAAGCACAUUUACCUGCAGCCCAUAGGUCUGAGCGAGGGGCCAGCGGGCAGUGCACUUCUGGACCAGCUGCGGAGCUGCACGGAGGCCUUCUUCCUGGGCCUGCAGGUCAGAUGCCUGCCCUCGGUGGCGGCAGCCUCCAUCCACUGCUCACGUCGCCUGGGUCAGGACCCCGACAGGCUCCAGCUCCACACCGAUGGCGUCCUGUCCUUCCUGAAGAGCAGCAAGCCAGGGGACGCUCUGUGUGUGCUGGGCCUCACGCUGUCUGACCUGUACCCCCGCGAGGCCUGGACCUUCACCUUCGGCACGUUCCUUCCGGGGCACGAAGUGGGUGUCUGCAGCUUUGCCCGGUUCUCGGGGGAGUUCCUGCAGCGGGGGCCCAGCACGCCUGACCUGGCGGAGGUAGAGGCGGCUGCAGGUGGCCCCGAGGCGCCCCUGCAGGAUGGAGGCCAGGCCGUGUGCUUCAGCACCCUGGGGAUGGUCCAGUGCUGCAAGGUCACGUGCCACGAGCUGUGUCACCUUCUGGGCCUGGGGAACUGCCGCUGGCUCCGCUGCCUCAUGCAGGGCGCGCUGCGCGUGGACGAGGCCCUGCGCCGGCCCCUGGACCUCUGCCCCAUCUGCCUGCGCAAGCUGCAGCACCUGCUGGGCUUCAGGCUGGUGGACAGGUACAAGAGACUCUACGCCUGGACACAAGCGGCAGCGGGGACGCAGCCGGGCCCGGCGAUGGUGGGGGAACCAUCCGUGUCGGAGGACACUCUGCCCUGCAGUGCAGACUCGGGGCUGUGUUGUGAGAGCGACUCGGAGCCGGGCAGCAGCCUGUCGGAGCCCCUGUCCCCCGACGCCUGGAGCCAGGCCUUCCCAGCGGGCCUCGAGCCGGAUCCCGAGGACGGGCUGGGCUCCCUUGCAGCCGCGGAGGGUCCGGGGGAGGCCCUGACAGAGCACGGGCGCUGGCUGGCCGCCUGCAUCCAGGCCCUGGAGAGGGAUGUGAGUGAGGGGGAGCUGGAGCAGGUGGACGGCACCGUGGACGCGCUGGCCCCCUGGGACCUGUUCACAGGGCGGCUCCCGCCCCCCCGGCAGGACCUGCCCUGUGGCCGUGACGGCGCGGGGCUCCGCAGGGUCCUGGGGGACACGUUCUCCUCCCUCCGGAGGAGGCUGAGCGCUCGCAGGCCAUCCAGGGCCGAGUCACCCCCCCGGCGCCGGAAGGCAGAGGACGACUAG